AUGGGUUGUGUUUGUAAUUGUAAAUCUUCGAAACCAUCAACUUAAAGCACUUAACUAUCAAUAAAUAUGGCUGAAUAAUAUAGAAGUAUGCUCAUUUAGUAUAAUCUGAAGAUAACAGGAACAUAAAUACUUAAGAUAGUUUAGAGGACAUCUAUUAAUCUCUUUGUAAUAUCGGACAAGAGAUUACAAGUUUGGGUUAAUUGAAACCUGAAGUUUAGGAAAGGAUAAAUGAAUUGGGAACUCUUAAGGCCAUAGAAAAUAUUGACACUAAUACUUCUAAUUACAAAUAUCUUUAAUGUUCUGAUGGUUCUUUAUUUUAUGGAUUGGUGAUAAAUGGAGUUAGAAAUGGAAUAGGAAAAUAACAUUGGUUGACAGAUGGAAAUUAUUUGGAAAGGUAAAAUAUUUUGGAAUUAUGUUAGUGUUUGGGUAAAUGAUAAGGCUAAUGGACCAGCAAGGAUGAUUUAUUCAAAUGGAGAUGUGUAAUUUAAUCAAUUAUUUUUAGUUUUGAAGGUCACCUAAUUGAGAAUAAAGCUAAUGGAUUUGGAAUAUUUAAAAAUAAAAAAAAGGAAGUUAGAGGUAGAUUUUUUAUUUUAUUCAGGAUAUUGGAUCGAUAACAGACUCUAAGGUAAUGGAAUAGAAGUUAGAAAAAAUGGAAUUAAAUAUGAAGGGUAAUUCAAAUGUGGAAUUAUUGAUGGGAGAGGAUAGUAUUCAUUUCCAGAUGGAAGAAAGUAAAUAUAUUAAUCAAUUUUAGAUAUUGUGGAUAAGUAAAAUAAGGAUUAAUGCAUGGAGAAGGCUUGAUGACUUGGCCAGACUAUAGUUAUUUCAAAGGAGAAUUCAGAAAUAAUCAUAUCAAAGGGUAUGGGUGUUACACUCAUACUGAUUCUGAAACAUACUUUGGAUAUGUAUGCGCUAUUAUUCUAUAUUCAGUUUUUUUCUAUUUACCAUCAGGAUGUUAAAUAGUUAGAGAUAUUUUAUAGCAAUGAUCCAAACAUAUAGGAGUGUAAAAACCUUAAAAAAUUUAAAAAACAAUAUGGUGGAGACCAUUAAUGAU